AUGGCCGUCCAUCUUUCCACGUCAGCAGUAGCGCUGGCACCACCUCCCUCCUCCGCCACUUCCUCCCCCUUCCCGCGCAACCCCGCACCCGUUCCGCACAAUCCCGCUCCUCUUCCGCGCUUACCCGCUCGUUCCCCGCAUCUGUCCGACAAGAUCGCCGCGCCCCGCCGCUGCCGGUCGUUCUCCUUCCCCGCGCCAGCUUCCGCGCCCCACUCCCGCGCUGCUAGCCGCUGUUGCCCCGCGCAUGGAUCCGCGGAAGGCGGACCGGGGGAAGCUGGGGUGGAGAUACAGAGAGCGGAAGGGUGGGGGACACCUAGAACGGAAGGGAAUGCUUGGGUGGGAACACGAGGGGGGGAAGGGGCAGCUGGGUUGAAAAUACAGGGAACGGAAGGGGAGCAACAGGAGGAGGAAUGGCGGUCACCAAGCGGGGAAGACUCUAGACCCGCCGAAGCUGCUGUCCUUUCCGUGCCACGUGAACGGGGUGUGCUGAGAAUGCCUGAAGGUGAAGCAUACGUGGGAAGCAGAGCACGCGAGGCUGGAGCUGCUGACCUUUCCCUGCCACGUGAUCGGGUAGUGCUGGGAAUGCCUGAAGGUGUAGCAUACGUGGGAAGCAGAGCACGCGAGGCAGAAACAGUUGAAAAUCCACUGCCACGUGAUCGGGUGGUGCUGGGAAUGCCGGAAGGUGGAAUGCACGUGGGAAGCACAGCACGCGAGGAAUCGAACGCCAUGCUUGCCUGGACUGGCAAGUCCGUUCUGCAGGCUGUGUGCAGUGCGGUGCUGAGCGGUUCGUUGGUUUUGAGUCCACUCCCAGGAUUCUUCGACCACCAGCCGUCUGCUUUUGCUGCUUCUGCUGCCACAGGCACUGCUACAGCUGCCACAACCACUUCUGGCGAUUCUGGCUAUCAUGACUUUUUGUUUGAGAAUCAUAUCACUUACAGCACCGUGGAUCACGGCAGCAUGGAGGGGAGCACACGCAGCAUGGCUUCCAGCAGCAGCGGGAGAUACACAUAUGCGUUCAACUGUCAGGAUAACAUCGUGGCACCAUCACUUGCAUUCAACGGCCAGGAUGACAGCGUACCAUCCCUCACCAACACACCCUCCGCCUCUGGAAGCUUUGCUCCCUCCACCAUCAUUGCUCCCUUCACUACCAUUGCUCCCUCCACCAGUUCCCUAGGCAGUUUCCCCCCCACCUCUAGCGUCUCUCCUUCAUUCGCCUAUUACUCACCUUCUCUUAGCAGUCAGGGAGGCGGGGACUUCCUCUCAGUGUCACCCCCGGUCACGUAUACGGCUCUGGCCAUGCCUGGGGGAGGAGCACCUGCCGCGUUUCCUUCACUGGAGCAGCUUCUAGCGGAGCAGCUGGCACACAGGUUCCGUGUGAUGUCAGACGGUGAGCUGGUGGGGUUCUUCCAGCAGCUGCUCUCUGCUGCGCGCCACACAGGAGUGGAGGGCGGGCAGCAGCAAAACGGCCAGCAAGGCGUGCAGCAAACUGGUCAGCAGGGGGCAGCACGUGUCGAGGGGUAUUCCCAAGGGGAGCAACAGGAACCAGGUCAGAUAGAGCGGUUCCAGGGUCAGGUAGAGCGGUUGCAGCAGCAGAUAGAGCGGUUUCAGCAGCAGGACACCCCGCUUGGGAUAAAGGCAGGGAAGGUGGUGGCAGCAGCGGCUGCUCUGGGGUUUACAGUAGCCGCGGGAGUGGUGGCUUUAAGGGUUCCUGAGGGGUGGGAGGAGGAGAUGGGCGAUGGGAGUUGGAAGAGGGAGAAAGAAGUGGUUGAGAAGGGUGGGAGCUGGUUGGUUGGGGUUGGGGAUGCAGGGAGGGGAGAUGGGGAGGCGAGGGAGGGGAAGGAUGGGAGGGAUGGGUGGGAUGUGGAGAGGGAUGGAAGGGAAGAGAAAGACGGGAAGGAGGAGGAGAAGGACGAGAAGCAGCAACAGCAAGAGGAAAAGCAGAGGCAACAACUGUGGGAUGAGACGAGGAAGGAGCAGGAGAAGGGGCAGGAGCAGAGAGGAGUGGGUGGGAAGGCGAUGGGAAAAAGAGCAAGGGGAGCAGAGGUGGGGGUAAUGGUGGAUACAGAGGAGAGCGGUGCUGCUGAGGGCAGGAGAAAGGGAGGGAGAGGGGAGUUGGAAGGGAGUGAAGGUGGUGGUGAGGGGUGGAGAGGAGUGAGGAGGAAAAGGUGGGUGGGGUUGUUGGGUGGUGAUGAGGAAGAGGAGGGAGGAUGGGAGGGGAGAGGGGUGGCAAGGGGAUUCAGUGAUAACUUAUCAGAGGGUGAGGAGGAGGGUCCGGUUAGACAAACCCCCUAUGCUGGUGGUGGUGCUGGUGCUGGUGGUAGUGGUAGUGCUGGUGCUGGUGGUGGUGGCUUUGGUGGUGGUGCUGCUGCUGUCAAUGCAGCAGACAUCGAAACAGCAGGCAUCGCAGCAGCAGGAGACGUUGCAGGGAAAAAAUUGGCAGAGGAUGCAUCAACCAGAGCGACGGGAGCAGACUCUGCAGCAGCUGAUACCACGACGAAUAUCAGCCGGAGCAGCCUUUUGACUCUGCCACCUAGUGGUUCUGACACUGCCCUAGCGCUUCCAACCAGUGGUUCUGAGGCAUCCAGUGCGGUUGCUGGUCCUUGGACUGAUAUGGUGGUGCCUGUGCACACAGACAAGGGGAAGGGCGAAGGAGAGGGGAGAAACGGGCGGUGGGAGGUGGAGGCAUCUGGGGGAGGUAGAACUGGGCGGUUGGAUGCAGGGGAAGUAGCUUCUCAAAAAGAAGAGGAGGGGUAUGGAUGGGAGAGGGGGAGAAGAGGCAGGGAGGCACGAUGGAAGGUGGGAGGAGAGAUGAGGGAGGUGAGUCAGGGUGAUCUGACCAAUUUGGAGGUGCAAGAUGGGUGGAGGGAGGGAGGAGGACGACGGGAGUGGGGUGAUUUAAGGGAUGGGGUGGGGAAAGUGGCGGGAGAAAAGAGGAGUGGAGGGGAUUUUCAUGGGUCGGAGAUCGCCGGCUCAAACAGGGUUGCACGUUUGGAAAAGAAGGGCAUGCAGGAGGAAGGUCCUUCGAGGAGGAGGCGUGAAUUCGUCAGUGCACGGGAAAUCAGCCGUCGUCUAAUAACCGAUCAGCCGGCAAAGAUCAUGUCGGCCGUUACGAUGCAGACGGCAGCGGCUGUGAAGCCGUCAGCCUUCGUAGGUAGCGCGAGUCUGAAGGCGAGCCAGCACAAGAGACUACAGAUGGCCGCGCCCAGCCGCGCAUCCUCCGCCGGCGUUCGGUGCAGCGCCGUCCGCUCGGAGCCCCUUUGGACCCCGAAUUCCGCCGCGAACAGCGGCGAUAUCUGGUCCAUCAAGAACGAUCUGGAAGUGCCGCACAGUCUGUUUAUGGGCGCACCGGAGGUGAUGGCGGGGCAGGGAGCGCCUCCCCCUAUGCUGCAGGAGCGCUUCCAGUCGGUCAUCUCCCAGCUCUUCCAAAACCGCAUCAUCCGGUGCGGAGGCGCGGUGGACGACGACAUGGCGAACCUCAUCGUGGCGCAGCUGCUCUACCUUGACGCCGUCGAUCCCACCAAGGACAUCAUCAUGUACGUCAACUCGCCGGGAGGCUCCGUGACUGCUGGCAUGGCCAUCUUUGACACCAUGCGCCACAUCCGGCCUGACGUCAGCACCGUGUGUGUCGGCCUUGCUGCCAGUAUGGGCGCUUUCCUCCUGUCAGCUGGAACAAAAGGCAAGCGCUACAGCCUGCCCAACAGCCGUAUUAUGAUUCAUCAGCCGCUGGGAGGGGCGCAGGGGCAGCAGACGGACAUUGAGAUUCAGGCCAACGAGAUUUUGCACCACAAGGCGAACCUGAAUGGUUACCUGGCGUACCACACUGGUCAAUCGUAUGACCAGAUCGUUCAGGACACGGAUCGCGAUUUUUUCAUGAGUGCAACAGAGGCAAAGGAGUAUGGCUUGAUUGAUGCCGUGAUCACCAACCCCCUCAAGGCCCUUAAUGCUGCCCCGGUUGCCGCCUAA